AUGUCGUACCAUGUUGUUGAGAUUUCCACCAUGUUUCUCAUCGAUUUGGUUGAGCUUAAAACACUUGGUGAUAGAUCAAACCUAGGGGAAGACAUUACAAGAGCAAUCCUCUUAGAUUACAAGCAAUUAGGAAAAGUUGAGAACAGAAAAUUUCAGAAGGCGCUACAAGAAAUAUGGGAGAUAAAAGUGGAGAGGAGAAAGAAAGAGAAGACCAUGUCGGAGGAGAAAGUUGCAGAGAGAAAAGUUGUAAUGGAUUUGAUAAAACAACAAGGGAAUCAACUGUUUUGGGUAGGAGAUGUAGAAGAAGCUAUCUUGAGCUACACAGAAGCACUAGAGGUUUGCCCAUUGAAGCUCAGAAAAGAAAGAAUGGUGCUUUUCAGCAAUCGUGCUGAGUGUUAUUUGCUGCUCAGAGACCCAGAUUCCGCCAUUAGAGACUCGACUCGAGCUCUUUGUUUGUCGAAUCCCGUAAACUCUCACGGAAAAAGCCUGUGGAGACGGUCUCAGGCUUACGACAUGAAAGGGUUGGCAAGAGAGAGCUUGAUGGACUGCAUAAUGUUCGUCAAUGGCUGCAUCAAGUCGGGGGAAACAAAGCGUUUGAAGAUCCCGUAUCAUGCAGCAAGGAUGAUCAGCAAACAGAUGGAAGCCACGUGGCUCUUUGCCGAACCUCGGUCAAUGACUUUAGCAUGUCAACCGGUGAAAGUGAAAGAAUCAGACGGCGGUGAUGAUGAUGAAGAUGACGAUGACGACGAUGACGACGACGACGACGAUGACGACUGUGAGCUCCGUAGUGAUAAGCUGUACUACGAUGAUGAAUUGAUCAUGAAGAUGAUGGUAGAGAAGGAAAGCCUCUUACCUGGUAAUUAA